UCACUACCAACUCAUUUGACAUCGAAUAACAAAAAAUGCAUAAAAACAUAUAGUAAUCCAGUCGUUUCUUUUCCUUUCUUUUUUCACCAAAUUAUUUUUGUUAUUUUCCCUUUCCAUAGGUAAAACCAAAAAUCAUGAUGACACUUAAUAUAAAAUUAAUGACACCAAUACAAAACACGAAACGGAAGAAUCUUCGUUCCUCUUUACCGUCCGGCCGAGAAAAGCCUAAUCACAUCUUUCUCCUCUAUUCCUCUUUUUAAAACAUGAGAUCUCUCCCUUCUCAUCGCCAUUAAUUUCUGUGUUUCAAAUCUCACCAUCGUCUUCUUCUUCUUCUUCUUCUUCUUCUUUUAUUUCUGAAUCUUGAUUGAUUUGUUCUUUUGGGAGGGAUAGGGUUUUCCAAUUCCAAGGCCGGUUCUUGAGAUGGAGGAGAACACGGUGGCCGCGGCGGCGGAGAGAAGAUCAGGUUGUGGUUUAUUGACUGUAAUGUUUGGUAGACGUGGCUUGUGGUCCAAGAAAUCUACCGCAGCCGAUAACGGUAGCCAGAAAAGCACAUCUACGGCUGCAACCGCCACAAGCAACAUUCAAUUCACUAAAUCUCCAGGAACCGAGUUAAAGAAGCCUCGCGAUGAUCAGAAGAAGGUUUUGGCCGAGCCAGUCCAGAAUAAAAAGAUCCAGAACCAGAGAUCCGUAGUUCCAUCAAAACCCUCGUCAAAUCAAUACCCUAAUAACCAUCAAUUAGGGAGCUACGAGAGUCAUCAACAACAACAACAAAGGAGUAGUUAUAACAACAAUAGUAAUAGCGUUGAUCCAUACCGAGGAGGAGGACAGAGGAAAGUGCCGAGAGAAGCCAUUGGUUUAUCGGGUGAGCUUGAAAGCAUGAUCACCGAUCAUCAGAAAGCAAGAGGAGCCAAUGGAUUGGUUCGUGCAUCUUCUAGUAAUGUAAUGUUAUAUGGAAACCUUGGCAAUUUAAAUCAGACAGGACCAGUUAAGGCGGGUGUAAAUUACGGUAAUAACAAUGGAUAUGGCGCGGGUGUAAAUUACGGUAAUAACAAUGGAUAUGGCGUAAAGAGGACUACGAUGGCCGCCGCAACAAAAAGUCAAGAUCAAUCAGGAUCUUUGUGUAGAGCAAUCUCAACAAGGAUGGAUCCAGAAACGUUGAAGAUCAUGGGGAAUGAAGAUUACAAGAAUGGGAAUUUCGCAGAGGCGUUAGCAUUGUAUGAUGCAGCCAUUGCGAUUGAUCCCAACAAAGCUGCUUAUCGUAGCAACAAGAGUGCAGCUUUGACAGCCCUCGGGAGAAUUCUUGAUGCGGUUUUCGAAUGCAGAGAAGCAAUCAGAAUUGAACCUCAUUACCAUAGAGCACAUCAUCGAUUGGGUAACUUGUACCUCAGGCUAGGAGAGGUGGAGAAAUCAAUAUAUCAUUUUAAGCAUUCGGGUCCAGAGGCUGAUAGUGAAGACAUUGCAAAAGCGAAAACUGUACAAACAAAACUCAACAAGUGCACAGAAGCUAAGAGAUUACGAGAUUGGAAUGGUUUGAUUACGGAGACAACAAACACAAUCUCUGCAGGAGCUGAUGCAGCCCCACAAGUAUAUUCAUUGCUAGCAGAAGCCUUGUUGAAGACGCAUAGACAUCAAGAAGCUGAUGAAGCUUUGUCUAGAUGUCCUGUUUUCGAUGUGGAUACCAGUACUAGGUACUAUGGACCCGUUGGUUAUGCUGGUUUCUUGGUCGUCCGUGCUCAGGUUCACUUAGCCUCUGGCAGAUUCGACGAGGCGGUGGAGGCGAUCCAACGCGCCGGCAAGCUAGACGGGAACAACCGAGAGGUGAUCAUGGUAUCACGGAGGGCACAGGCGGUGGCGGAAGCUAGGUUCAGAGGAAACGAGCUGUUUAAAGCCGGGCGGUUCCAGGAGGCUUGCGCCGCUUACGGCGAAGGAUUAGACAACGAUCCGCGAAACUCCGUGUUGCUAUGUAACCGCGCGGCUUGCCGAACAAAAUUGGGUCAAUUCGAUAAAGCUGUCGAGGACUGCACGGCGGCGCUCUCCGUACGUCCGGGAUACGGCAAGGCACGACUCAGAAGAGCCGAUUGUAACUCCAAGAUCGGAAAGUGGGAAUUGGCGGUGGGAGAUUAUGAGAUAUUGAGGAAAGAGACGCCGGAAGAUGAGCAAGUUACAAGAGGAUUAUCAGAAGCUCAACAACAACUCAUGAAACGCCGUGGACAAGACUCUUGAGAAUUUUCCGGUGAUUUAAAGAUCAAUCACCGUGAGGGAUAAUAUCUAUGCAGGACUGAGAAAAAAAAAAUGGCCGGAAUAUUCUAUGUUCGAUUUUACUCUUUUGGGACGGCGAGCGACAACUAAAUGACAAAAUUGUGUGGAUUCUAUAAUUUUUAUAUUUUUGGGUUUGGAUCGAUUCAAUUGUUUGUAUAGGAAUGAGAUUGUGGGAAUACUGUAUUUAGCUUUACAAAAUUCAAAUAUUUGUCUAUGGUAACAAAAACGAAAAAAUAAUAUGCCAAAGUU